AUGGCCUCGGUUGUGCGGGGCACGUCCAGCGCCGCGCGCACUGCAAACCGCUUCUGGACGCGAGCAAACACCGUACGCGUGGUCCUUGUCGUUGUGUGUUUCAUCAUUCUACUCAACCGAGUGACCAACUUCGUGAUCGUUUCGAGACGAGUUCGAAAGCGGGUUUUACGACCCGGUGAACCUGCCGCCGGCAGCGACCCGAGGAGCUCGCAGCCCGCCGCGAAUAGCAUCGUUACUGUGCACUAUCGCGGCUUUAUUGUCAAUACCGGUCGGGAGUUUGACUCUUCAUACAAACGAGGGAAGCCUUUUACCUUCGAACUCGGAAUCGGUCAAGUGAUUCCCUGCUGGGAUCGCGCGAUAAGUUCCAUGCAUAGAGGCGAACUUGCUCGGAUUUACUGCGAUCCCAGUGAGGCGUAUGGCGAGCGCGGGAUACCCGGCGUGAUUCCUCCGUCGGCAGCACUCGAGUUCGAGGUCGAACUGCUCGACUUCGUGCCCAGUACGUAG